UAUUUCUUUUCAAAAAAUAGCCACUAAAUUAACCUAAAUAUUAGAAGCCUAAAAUAUAAAUUAGAUAGUAUAACUUACAUAUUAGAUACGUUAGAAUCCAUUUUUCAUAUUCUAAUUUUGACUGAAACUUCGAAGCACUAAGAAUCGUAUAGAUGGGGGUGUAUGCGCAUUUGUACAUGAAAAUGUUGCAUAUAAAUCAGCAAAUGCAUUUUGUGACGAAUACAAUAGUUUAGCUUUAAUAUAAUAAUUAACAAAAUUUCCUAUAGUAUCGUUGCAAUAUAUAGACCACCGGAAAAUUCAAUCCACCAAAUAAACAAUUUCUUUGAUCGAUUAGAAACACAUAUGGAUUCACUACCCGCAAAAAACAGCUUAAUUUUAAGAGAUUUUAAUUGAUUUAAUUAAUGUUAGAGAUUAAGCUAAGCGACAUGUAAAUGAGUAUAAAGCUAAAAUUCACUAAGUGGCUUUACGUUUAUGAUGAAUGAAAUCACCAGAUCUAUAAGUAAAACAUGUAUUGACCAUAUUUUAUUUAGAAACUUGAACUCUAAUUACAAUAUAUUUAUCUUCAACAACGAUUUAUCGGACCACUUAGAAAUACUGCUAAAAACAAAAAAUACCAACACUUGCAAUAUCAAAAUAAACAAAAACAAUGACAAUAUUAAAUUAUGACAACAUAUAAAAAUCGGUGAAUGACAUUUACCUCGUUUAUAUGGCAGCUUCAAGCUUACUUGAAGCCUAUUUUAUGUACAUAUAAACACUGCUUGACUUGAAAUCGGCUUCACUCAAGUCAAUCAAAAAAUUUUGCCUACUUGACUUGAAAUGUUGAAGUAAAAGCACCGCUUGAAAGCUUGAGAGCUUGAAAAUGACAGAAUUUAAUUUUUUAUCCUAAAAUGACAGUAGAAAUAGAGUGCUUUAUGAAUUUGAAACUAUUAAGUGUCAAUACAAAUGAAAGGUAAGUUAAUUUUUGAACAUAUGUACAUGAUAUUUUGUAUUUUUAUUUUGAUAUUUAGUAUUAUAAACUUAUAAUUUUUUGUAGAAUAUGUCGAAAAGAAAUAUUUGGAGCAAUGAGGAGAUGCGGGUUAUGCUGGAGCUUUUUAAGGAACAAAAAAUUAUAGAAAAAAUCGAUGGCAAAAAAUAUCGCAACAGCGAAAUCUACGAAAUGGUAGAAAACUGUUUAAAAAAUAAAAAAAUUGAAAAUAAAAGCGCCAAACAAAUUGAAAUUAGGUGGAAAAAUUUAAAAUAUAUGUACAUAAACAUUAAAAAAGAAAAAAACAAAAGUGGAAAUAGUGCCAACGACUUUCUGUUUUUCGAGGAAAUGGACGAGCUGAUGGGUAUGAGACCCUCAAUAACAACAUUGGAAACAGGAGUAGACACUUCUUGCGAUGUAGUAACUCCCUCAACAAAUGACUCCUCUAACACAAAUAUAAACCAAGAAGAUUCGGAUGAGCUGCAGCCGUUACCAAGUCCAAGUGGUUUACAAAAUAAUUCCAAACGUAAACGAAAAUCAACAUCUGAUGGGUUGUUAGAAAAAAUUAAUAAAAUGCAGAAAGAUAUCAAUGAAGAUUUUCUGAAGAAACAAAAAGAACUUAUAGACUAUGAAUACAAAUUAUAUUCACAGCAAGAAAAGGAAAGUCACAUGCAAAUGAAAAGUUUGCUAAAGGAAAGCAGUGAUAAUUUCUUGUGUGCAAUCAAAGAUAUUUUCAAUGAUAAUCGUAGCAUAGAUACUAUAAAUUUAGAUAGCAAUAAGGAAAAUAAUAAAAGUGAUAAUCAUAGCGUAGAGACUAUAAAUUUAAUUACAAAAAAGGAAAACAUUGAAACGAGUAAUUAUAAUACAGAGACUAUAUUAUCGGAGUUAUUGGAAUAUGUGUUCCGUCAAUUGCUCCUAGCACUUGAGGAAUACCAGAUUUUUCUUUAAAAUUUUUUAUUACUUCUUCGGCUUCCUCAUUUUCUGGCAUUUUUUUAUUACUUCUUCGGCUUCUUCUUUGAUAUAGGUUAGCAUAGCAUCACAAAAUUCAUAAACACACUUUUUGACAGUGCUUUUAUGUA